GAAAAGAGUAUUAUUAAUCUGAGCAAUUUCCUGCCAGCAUAUUUAAUCAACGUUGCACAACAUAUACCAGAAGAUGAUAAUGACUCCACCUUCUCUAAUUGUGUUCAUAAACGCCUUUAUUAUCUUCUGCCAUGUGUUCUCUUGUUUGAUAGGAGUCCCAGGCUUCUGAAUAUUGUCUUGGACAUGAUGGGUUCGUUGAUAACUGGAAGUAGUUCAUCACUUCCAACUUGUGGUUAUAUCCAAUAUCAAUAUACUACUGACCGUUUAAGUCAGAUAAAAGCCAUUGUUUCUGUCCUUCUAUCAAUGCAUAUGGAUGACAAAAUGCGGAAGAACUUUUUCGUGUUCAAGACUGAGAUUGACCACAUUUUACAAAGCAUAGCCUCUUUACAGACUACGAAUGAACUCCAAAUGAACACCGAAGAAAGGCACAAAUUACAACUUUCAUGUGAUCAACUAAAGGAUAUUUACAAGUAGGGCACUGGUGGGCAGUGAUAAUCUAAAGGACUUCCCUAGCUUAAGGUUUUACAGGAAUGCUUUUUCCACAUGAGAAGGAACAACAUCACACAAAUACACAAUGAUCACUCAAAAGGUCUUGCAUUUGGGCAGACCUUUGACAACCGGCAGCCUAUUAGGCCUAGAUCCACGCCUGGUUUUACGAGGAUCUGCUUAUAUAGUUAUAUUUCUUCAGCCAUUGAUGGGUAAGGCAGCAAUCCUUGCUGCAAGUUUUGAACAGCAUGAUCAUUUGCAAGUCUGGUGGUGAGUCAUCCCUCAUUUGACAACCCCAUGCAAAGGCUGUGUUGGGGAUUUAAGAAGCGGAAAGAAAAAGUUUUCCUUGCUGUCCACCAUGAAAAAAAUGCAAGUCUUGUUUUUGAUAUGUGGAUGGUUAAAGUAGUUUGUUUUUUUGGUAGAAGGGAAAAUUUAACAAUCAAACCAAUUAAGUUGGUUAUUAAUCGUUAUCAUCCGAAUUAAUCCAACUUAAGAUUGGUUUGGUUUGGAUGGUAUCAAUCCAUCUAUUUUAGUUUGGAUUCACCCCUAGUUGAAACAAAAACUACUUCUUCAAGAUGACAUUGCUAUUGCAAUAAAAUUUAUUUUUUUUU